AUGCCCCCUUGCCCCCUGUCCCUUCUGUCCCCCAGGGCCAUUGACAAGUGUGAGCUGCUGGUGAAGGAUCUUUACUCCAAGCUGGGGCUGCAGUACCGAGAGAGCAGCUCCGAGGACGAGGACUCAGCUGCCAGGGCCAUGGAGGUGAUCGAGAUCCCGGACGAGGAUGAGGAUGAUGAUGUCCUGAGCAUGGACUCUGGCUGGAAGCAGACCCCCAGCGACCCCAGAGUGGCCAAGGAUCACAACCUGCUCCGUGAGGCCAUGGCUGCCAUGAGGAAGUCUGCCCAGGAUGUGCAGAAGUUCAUGGAUGCUGUCAGCAGGAAGGUGAAUGGCCAAGAGGCACUCAAAGCUUCCCAAGGCCCUCAGGAAGCUCCAGGCCCUGUCCAGCCCCUGGGCUCUGCAGCACUUGGGAGUGACCUGAGCAACGAUGGAGACCUGAACCUUGGCAUGAGGAUCCUGGGCAAGAAGAGAACCAAAACGUGGCACAAAGGGACCCUCAUUGCCAUCCAAACCGUGGGGGCUGGCAAGAAAUACAAAGUGAAGUUUGACAACAAAGGGAAGAGUUUGCUCUCUGGCAACCACAUUGCCUACGACUACCACCCCCUGCCUGAGAGGCACCAGGUGGGCAGCAGGGUGGUGGCCAAGUACAAGGACAGGAACCAGGUCUGGCUCUAUGCUGGCAUCGUGGCUGAGACCCCCAAUGUCAAGAACAAAGACAGGUUCCUGAUCUUCUUCGACGAUGGCUACGCCUCCUACGUGAAGGAGUGGGAGCUGUACCCUGUCUGCAGGCCACUGCAGAAGGCCUGGGAGGACAUCGAGGACGUCUCCUGCCGUGACUUCAUCGAGGAGUACAUCACAGCCUACCCCAACAGGCCCAUGGUGCUGCUCAAGGCAGGGCAGCUGAUCAAAACCGAGUGGGAGGGCACCUGGUGGAAGUCCAGAGUGGAGGAAGUGGAUGGCAGCCUGGUCAAGAUCCUCUUCCUGGACGACAAGCGCUGCGAGUGGAUCUACCGCGGCUCCACGCGCCUGGAGCCCAUGUUCAGCAUGAAGACCUCCACAGCCUCCAGCCAGGAGAAGAAGCAGAGUGGACAGACCAGGACCCGACCCAACGUGGGUGCUGUCAGGAGCAAGGGGCCUGUGGUGCAGUACACCCAGGACCUGACUGGCACUGCCACUGCCACUGCCACCCAGUACAAGCCCUUGGAGCAGCUGCAGGUGCCCCAGGCUGCCCAGGACACCUCUGCCCAGCCUGCCGAGAUGGAGUGCUCUGAGAGUCAGCUGGCCCAGGCCAGGAAGCAGGUGGCCAAGAAGAGCACUUCCUUCCGCCCCGGUGCCCCCGGCCAGGCCUCGCCGUCCCCGCCCGUGCCCACCGACAGCCAGCCCCUGCCAAGGCCCAGCCUGGCACAGCACCACCGCCUCCUCCCCACCCCUCACUCCAUCCCUCUCCUCCCCACUCCUCCUCAAACCUUCCAGGGGAUGCUCGACCGAGUCCCUUCGGAACCAUCCUACCGAGCCCCGCUGGAGAAGCUUUUCUACCUGCCGCACGUCUGCAGCUGCAGCUGCCUGGCUCGGGUGCGGCCGCUGCGGGCGCAGCAGUACCGCAGCAGGAACCCUCUGCUGGUGCCGCUGCUCUACGACUUUCGCCGCAUGACCGCACGGCGCCGCCUGAACCGCAAGCUCAGCUUCCAUGUGCUCUACAAGACCCCCUGCGGGCUCUGCCUCCGCACCAUGCCCGAGAUCGAGCGCUACCUCUUCGAGACCGACUGCGACUUCCUCUUCCUCGAGAUGUUCUGCCUCGACCCUUACGUCCUGGUGGAUCGCAAGUUCCAGCCCUACAAACCCUUCUACUACAUCGCAGACAUCACCAAAGGCAAGGAGGAUGUGCCCCUGUCCUGCGUCAACGAGAUCGACAGCACCCCCCCGCCCCAGGUGGCCUACAGCAAGGAGAGGAUCCCCGGCAAGGGAGUCUACAUCAACACCAGCUGGGAGUUCCUGGUGGGCUGCGACUGCAGGGAUGGCUGCAGGGACAAAUCCAAGUGUGCCUGUCACCAGCUGACAGUGCAGGCCAGUGGCUGCACCCCGGGGGGGCAAAUCAACCCCAACUCAGGCUACCAGCACAAGAGGCUGGAGGAGUGUCUGCCAACAGGGGUGUACGAAUGCAACAAGCGCUGCAAGUGCAACGUCAACAUGUGCACCAACCGCCUGGUGCAGCACGGCCUGCAGGUGCGGCUGCAGCUCUUCAAGACGCAGAACAAGGGCUGGGGCAUUCGCUGCCUCGACGACAUCGCCAAAGGCUCCUUCGUCUGCAUCUACGCGGGGAAGAUCCUGACGGACGACUUCGCGGACAAGGAGGGGCUGGAGAUGGGCGAUGAAUACUUCGCCAACCUGGACCACAUCGAGAGCGUGGAGAACUUCAAGGAGGGCUACGAGAGCGACGCCAAAUGCUCCUCCGACAGCAGCGGCGUGGACCUGAAGGACGACGAGGAGGAGAACACAGGCACGGAGGAGCAGGAGGAAUCCAACGAGGACAGCUCCGACGACAACUUCGGCAAGGACGAGGACUUCGGCGCCGGUUCGGUGUGGCGCAGCUACGCCACCAGGCGCCAGACCCGCGGCCAGCGCGACCAUGGCCCCUCCGAGACAGCCUCCAAGGACUCCGGCCCCCAGCGCCAGCUCAGCCACGAGGAGGGGCCAGCUGCGGCCCCCUGCAAGCUGCCAGGCACCGAGGAGACCCCCAAGAAUAAAGUGGCCUCUUGGUUGAGCUCCAGCGGCAUGGCUGAGGGCUUCCAGGAGCAGGAUUCUGCCUCCUCCUGCAAGCUGAGCGAGGAGGGAGGAGGAGGAGGAGGAGGAGGAGGAGGAGGAGGAGGAGGAGGAGGAGGAGGAGGGGGAGGAGGAGGAGGAGGAGAGGUCAAAGCUGCCAAGACGGAGCCGCAGGGGGAGAGGGAGAAGAGUUCUGCCCCUGCUUUGCCCGAGCCAAAGGAGGAGCUGAAGGGGGUGAGGAAGGAGGAACCUGAGGAGCCAGGCAAAAUUCCUGGGCUGACCGAGCUGGGCAGGAUGUAUGGCUACAACCCCAGCCCCCCCAAGCUGGAGGGGGUGCAGAGGCCACUGAGCAAGACAGCACUGCUGCAGAGCAGGAGGCACUCCCUGCCCGUGCCAGCCUCCACCGAGGACAUCCUGACCCUGUCCAGCAGCACAGAGAGCGAAGGGGAGAACGGGCAGGGGGCAGCAGGGCAGCCCCAGGGCACUGCCAACGACAGCGACGACAUCCAGACCAUCUCCUCUGGCUCUGAGGAGGAGGAGGAGAAGAAGAACCCUGCAGCUGGCUCAGGGCCCCCCAAGAGGCAGGUGGCAGUGAAGUCCACUCGUGGCUUUGCCCUUAAGUCCACCCACGGCAUCGCCAUCAAGUCCAGCAGCCUGGCAGGGGGCGAGAAGGGCGAGGGGGCAGCGGCACACAGGACCACCAGGCAGUUCUACGACGGGGAGGAGUCCUGCUACAUCAUCGAUGCCAAGCUGGAGGGCAACCUGGGCAGAUACCUCAACCACAGCUGCAGCCCCAACCUCUUCGUGCAGAAUGUCUUCGUGGACACUCACGACCUUCGCUUCCCCUGGGUCGCUUUCUUCGCCAGCAAGAGGAUCCGUGCUGGCACCGAGCUGACCUGGGACUACAACUACGAGGUGGGCAGCGUGGAGGGCAAGGAGCUGCUGUGCUGCUGUGGAGCCAUCGAGUGCCGUGGGAGGCUGCUGUGAGCCUGCCCUGCUGCCUCUGCCUCCCCCUGGGGGCUCUGCCAGGGCCAAGGCUCUGCCAGGGCCAAGGCUUUGCCCGGGAGGUGUCUGUG